GAGCUUGGGACAUUUUGCUUAUUACUCAUAAAGGCACUACAACAGUCAAGAAAACCAAACUUUAGAUCGUGAUGUCUAAAAUUGAAAAAUCUUAAGAUGGAGGAUACUGAGUCUAUAACAAAUUUUCAUGGGCGAGUUAGAGAGUUGGCAAAUGAGGCUGAAAGGCUUGGUGAACCAAUUACAGAACACAAGCUGGUGUUGAAAGUUCUACGUUCUCUUCCAGAAAAAUACUACAUGGAUGUCAAAGCUAUUAGACAAACACAAUCUCUAAAUACUAUGUCUCUUGACGAGCUGAUGGGAAACUUAGAAACCAUUGAGUUGGUGAUGCAUGAAGAUCUACGACGUAAAAAGCAGCAUGUCAUCCUCGUUGAAAAAGAGAAGCAGUGUGUUAAAGACAGUGCUGGAACAUGCUGUGCUUUUCCAACUUUCCACAGUGUUGACGGUGACUUUGAUGGUGACGUGGAUCCAAAGGAGAUACUUAUAAUUGUUGAAGAAAAAUUUCAAGAGUCUCUACGGGUCAACAAGAAAAAAUAUUUGGGAAAUGAUAGUCUCAAACGUGAACUUGCUGAAUCAAAACGUGAUGUGGAACAACUCAUUAAAGAGUUACAGAGAUGCAAAGGUAAAGUUACAGCAGGGGAUGACACAGAGGAUGAUACAGAAGAUGACAGAGAGGUUGACACAGCAGAAGAGCUAGCUAUUCUCCAAAGGAAGUGGGCAGAAGUUCUUCAAGCCAACAAGAAAACUGUCUUGGAGAACCAUCAUCUUGUUACCGAGCGAAAUAGACUCAAAGAGGAUAUUUCAGAGUUAGAAAAGAAGAUUGAAGAAUUAGAAGGGCAGCAAUGUGAUCUCAAGUAUGAAUUAAAUCAACUCAAAAACUAUCACAAAUGGAUGAGGAGUGCUGGAGCAAAAGCUAUUGAGGGACAAGUGAAUAUCUCAAAAUUCUAUGGAGAUAAGACGGGUCUUGGAUUUUUAGGUUCUGAAAGCAGCAAGACCCCACUUGACUUGUUUGUUGAUCAAAGAAAGGAAGUUGCUCAAACGGCUCCACAAAGAAGGAAGUUAGAAGCUGCCAGAUUUGCUGGAACAUCUUCUGACAGACCCGCUGAAGCAUCUCAUGAAGCUUCUGCUGGAACAACUUAUGCAGCACCCUAUGCAAAAAGGCAAAGAGUUGUGACACAAUCUAGUAUGAGAAGACACAAGGAACAUUAUCCUAAACCUGAAAGAGAAGGUGUUGUAGCAUUCUGUUUGUCAUCUGUUACUGUGAUAGUGCUGCAGUAUCUUCUUACAGCACAGUUGUUUGAUCUGUUUGCGUAGCUUUUAAUUGGUGAUUUCCAUUGCACCCCCACAAACUUACACUAAUAGUUAAGAGUUUAAGCGCUAAAGAACCUGUUCUAAGUCAAGAUAAGGCUAUGGAUUGACU